AUGCCCGCGGACUACCAGUCCACCGCCAGGGCAUUGUCUCUUUCACCAUCCUCUCCUGAUCCGAUAUCUUCUUCCCCUAACAGCGAUGUUCAUCCACCCUGGGGUCGCGCAAGGCGCAACUCCGCUCGUUGGUCUAAUGGACAAGCGAGCUAUCGCGACCAGAUCGUCCAACGCGGUAUGGAGCUAUAUCAGCGUAUAGAUAAGAUGUGGCAAAAGAUGACCCUAUGGAAGAAAAUCGGUACUGUCUUUGCCUGCUUAUUUGUGGGCGCAUUCGGUAUCGGAUUCAUGGUGUUGACUGGACAGCUAUUCAUCUGGCUUGGCCCGGUCGCCGAGAAGUGGGAAAGCUCAUGGCUCGUGGCUUUUAUUUUAUGGCUCUGUGUCUUUUUUGUCUCAUUCCCCCCUCUUCUGGGUUGGUCCACAUUUGGGACUGUGGCAGGCUUUAUAUUUGGUGUGUGGAAAGGAUGGUUGAUCUAUGCCUCCGCGACAAUUCUUGGAUCGACUGCCUCGUUCUAUGUCUCACGGACAAUUCUGUCAGGAUUUGUCCACCGUCUUAUGGAACGUGAUAAGAGGUUCGCGGCAUUGGCUCUGACACUGAAGUAUGAUGGUCUUAAGCUCCUUUGCAUGAUUCGAUUAUGUCCUUUGCCAUAUUCAAUCUGUAACGGAGCUGUUUCCACAUUCCCUACGGUGCAGCCGCUGAUGUACGGGCUUGCCACGGCCAUCAUCUCCCCCAAAUUGUUGGUCCCUGCGUUUGUCGGUAGCCGAAUUCGCCUGCUCUCCGAAAAGGGCGAGGAAAUGAGUGCGGGAUCCAAGGCCGUGAAUAUCUGCAGUAUUAUCAUUACAGUCGGUAUUGGAAUCUUUACCGGGUGGUACAUAUACCAAAGGUUUGAAUUCUCGAUUUCAUCUGUUUCCAACAUCUUAUGGACCCAAAUUAAUCAUUUCCUGCUUGACUAUAGAACCCUGGCCCGUGCAAAAGAGCUGGAAGAGCAAGAACGUGCAGAUCUUCGAGGUUCCCUUGAAGCUGAUCAUGCAUCGCGCCGCCCUCAUCGUGGGUUCUCGGAGGAUCCCGAUGUCAACAAGGCUGCCACUACGCUUGCAAGGGACGAAGAGGAGCGUAUUGGAUUCACCGAUCUGGACGACGAUAACGUUGAUCUAGUAUUAGGUGACGAUAGUGAUAGUGAUCAGCCGGAUCCUUGGAAGAACUCGAACAGAAGGUCAUAUCACGAUGAGUUUACUGAUAAUGACUCGGAAGGAUUUGCAGAGGAGGAAAACACCUUUGGUCUGCAUAAGCAUGUCUCGAAAUAG